UCAACAGCCUCCGCAAGGUCUCCGGCGUUUGGCUCUCUCAGCUUCAGAAUCUCACUGAUCUCGCCCUAACAAAUGUCCAAGUCAAAGCUUCUGGACCUUACGUUAUCCUUGCCCACAUGGACAAGCUCAAAACUUUGACCAUUUCAAACGCUAAUCUCACUGGUUUUCUUCCUGGGCAUCUUCAUUCCGACCUUACCCAUAUAGACUUUUCUGGCAACAAGCUCAAAGGGACUAUUCCCUCUUCGAUUACCAUGCUUUCUUGUUUGGAAAGUUUGAAUCUUUCCAAUAAUAAUCUCAGUGGUGAGGUACCUGCUACCAUUGGGGACUUGACUUCUCUGACAGCCUUGUCUCUGGCUUCAAACUCUUUCUCUGGCCAAAUUCCAGGUUCAAUAUCUUCUGUUUCGGGUUUGAUUCAUUUGGAUCUGAGCUCAAACCAAUUCAAUAGUACUAUUCCAAAGUUCAUUUCUCAGAUGAAGAGUUUAAGGCACUUGAAUCUUGCUAACAACAACCUUCGUGGUGUUCUGCCUUUCAAUCAAAAUUUCAUUAAGAAUUUGGAUGUGUUCAACGUUGGUGGGAAUAGCAACCUUUGCUAUAACCAUUCGGUUCUGUCCUCAAACUUGAAGCUUGGAAUUUCACCUUGUGAUAAGUAUGGGAUGCCGGCGUCUCCACCAUCAAAGGAUUCUUCUUAUGUUGAUGAUAGCAGUGAUUAUAAUGACAGUGAUGGUAGCAGCAAUCAAAAGAAAAGGCACCAUAGUGGCCCUAACAAGUUUGUUCUUGGUGUGGCAAUUGCAUUUUCUUCCAUUGUCUUACUCAUUAUUUUCAUGAUAAUGUGCGCAAAAUGCUGCUGCCGCUAA